AUGGCCCAACAAGCAGAUCAAAUUGCAAAUGGAACUGUUAUCGGUGGUUCAUUCACACAUGGUAUCGGUGGUCAAAUUUUAGGUGUUUCCACUCUUAAUAAUACACUCAAUUCAAAUCUAACAACUGCAGCUUUUCUCUCUAAUGAAUCAUUAGUUAAUGUCACAUCUCUUAAUAUACUGAUCAUUGAUAUGCCUACUACAUAUGAAAAUAUAGAUAAUUCGAGGGAUAGACACCUUGCAUCAUCAGUCAUUGUGAUGGCUGUGAAAAGAAAUAGUUCUGUAUCAAAUCCAAUGAAUAUUUUACUAUAUUUUCAAGUUCUAAAUGAAUAUGUGCCAACUGUUACUUCAAGAUAUUUAUGCACCUAUUAUGAUAUAAAUGGUUCGAAAUGGAAUGAAUCCGGUUGUACUACACCUCAGUAUAAUACUUUAUUUAAUCGUUAUGAAUGUAGUUGUAAUCAUUUGUCUACUUUUGCUCUGGUUUGGUCACCAUAUUUCGUUUCAUGUAAUAGUUCUAUUGAAGUACAAUUGCCCAAUGGUACUUGUAUUUCCAAAUCGGAUGGUCAAAUAUUGACAGUUAACAUAUUGCGUAGUAAUACUGCAAAUUCGACUGUUAUUGCUAAUGCUCUUUCAUUAUAUAUAAGUUCAAUUACGAAUUCGAAUACAACAUUAAAUUCAACAUAUACACUCACUGCAAAUGAGAUUGAUACCUAUCUUAGCAAUAUAAGCAAUGUAAAUUUAACAAUAAACACUAAUGAUUCAUUUCUUAUGGCACAACAACCGAAUCAAGGAGGUAAUAUAAUUGUUUUAGGUGCUUCAUUUAAUCGUGGUAUUGGUGGUCAAGUUGUCAGUACUUCAAAUGUAGAUAAUGUGACCAACUCAUUUUCAUCUGCAGCAGCUAUCAUUAGCAAUCAAUCUUUAACUGGUGUUACAUCUCUGAAUAUGCUCAUUAUUAAUAAACCUACUACAUAUGAAAAAUUAGAUAAUUCAACUAAUAAAAUGCUUGCAUCAUCAGUGAUUGUUGUGGCUGUGCGAAGAAAUAGUUCUUUAUCAACACCAAUUACUAUUUCUCUUUAUUUUCAAAUUUUACCUGAAUAUCAACCAAAUGGUAGUGCCGAAUAUCUUUGUUCAUUUUAUGAUACAACUAAUUCAAAAUGGAAUGAAUCUGGUUGUACUAUACCUCAAUAUAAUGUUCGAUUUAAUCGAUAUGAAUGUAAUUGUAAUCAUUUAACUUCGUUUGCUCUUAUUUGGUUACCCAGAAUACUACUUACAUCCAAUCUUGAUGCACAAGAUAUUGGAUCACUUGUUUGUCUAUCAAUAUCAAUUAUAUGCUUUUUAAUUAUUAUUAUUCAUGCUAGUAUUAUACGAAUUCAUAGUCCAAUUAUGGGUUUUCAAGCAUAUGAUUUAUUUCCUUUAAUAUCUUCUGCAAGUACAACAAUUCUAUUUAUUUUUUAUAUAGCUAUGGGAAUGACAGUUUAUACAAGAACAUCGUCUAUAAAUGAAAAUCAAUGUUUUUUAAGUUCAAGUGUAUUAAUGUUUUUCACUUAUUUCUUUUUAAUUUUUAUGUUUUGUGCUAAGACUAGUGUUGGAUACUUUAAUUAUCUUCGUUUUGUUCAUUUAUUUCCACAACCAUCACUUCGAAAACUAUUUAUUAUGCUUGGUGUAUCAUUUUUGAUUUCGAUUACAUGGGUUGCUUUUGCAGCUGGAUUUAAUUCAAAUUCAUCAUUUCAAAUUACUCAAUUAUAUCCAUAUAAACUUUGUUGGUUUACACGUCGAGUUAUUUAUUAUUUUCUGACAAUACCUGUUUGUCUAUUUCUUUUAAUCAAUAUAUUUAUAUUUAUUCGUGUAAGUCAACGUAUAAUAAAUCAUGUUCGACAUGCAACAUCACCACAUCAAACAUAUGAACGAAUGAAACGAUGUGUACUUAUUUUACUUUCAUCAUGUGCAACUCAAGGUAUUGGUUGGCUUUUUGGUCCAUUUUUAACAAUUGCUAGUCCAGAAGCUGGAUAUGUUUUGGCAUGGUUUUUUAUUAUUUGUAAUGGAUUAGAAGGUUUAUGGUCUAUACUUUUAUAUAUAAUAAUUCGAUCAAAACAUAUGGAUGAACAAAGACGUUCUAUAGCUGUAAAAGAAUUUAGUAAGACAAAAACUACAAAAUUAGAUAAAUCUAAAACAUCAUCUAUUAAAAAUAAUCAAGAUGGAAAUGAUAUUGAAACACGAGAAACUGAAAUUAAACAUCGAAAUAUACAAAAAGAAGAAACAAGUUUAUUCGAUGAUUCUUAUGAUUUAAAAGAUGUUAAUCGGCCUAUUGGUGAUAAUGAUGACGAUGAUAUUAGAUUAUAG